AUCACACCUCGCCUCGCCUUGCCUCACCUUGCGGCAACACUACCUCGAGCUGUCGCGUUCGCGUUCGUCUGGGCCACAUCUUUCUCUUUCCUUCUUCAUCUUUGUCUUUUACUUUCAAUAGCUUUCGACUAUACUGUGGAAAUAUCUAGAGAAAUCCUGCAGUAGAGCGAGAAAUAUAUCAACAUGCCGCUCAUACGCAUCGAAGUAUGCGACUUCAAAUCAUACCGCGGCCACCAGGUCAUAGGCCCUUUCCGUAACUUCAGCUCCGUCAUCGGUCCCAACGGAGCCGGAAAGUCCAACCUCAUGGACGCCAUCUCUUUCGUCCUCGGCGUCAAGAGCGCGCAGCUCCGGUCUAGUCAGCUCAAAGACCUUGUCUAUCGAGGAAGGAAACUCGCGAGGGACUCGAAUGGAGAUGCGAGCGCGAGUGGCGACGUGAGCUUGGAUGUGGAACAGGGGCAAGGGGAGGAAGAGGGUGAAGGGACGGCGAAGAGGGCUUGGGUGCUGGCCGUUUAUGAGGACGAGAAGGGGAAGGAGUGGAGGUUUCAGAGGACAAUAUCUACGAUCGGCGCCUCAGAAUACAAACUCAAUGACCGCGUAGUAACCUACUCCGUCUACAACACCUCCCUAACCUCCCACAACAUCCUCGUCAAAGCCAAAAACUUCCUCGUCUUCCAAGGCGACGUCGAAGCAGUCGCCUCGCAGUCUCCAAAAGACCUCUCUCGACUGAUAGAGCAGAUCAGCGGGAGCUUGGAACUGGCGCGGGAGUACGAGGAGGCGAAGGCGGAGCAGGAGAAGGCGACGGAGAAUGCGACGUUUAAUUUUACGAAACGCAGAGGGAUCGCGGGCGAGAUUAAGCAGUAUAAGGAGCAGAAGACGGAGGCGGAUAAGUUUGAGGCGUUAUGUCAGGAGAGGGACGACCUCAUCCUCCGUCGCGUUCUCUUCAAGCUCUUCCACAUCGAAGAAGCCCUAGAGCGUAACGCCCGCGAGAUCAAAGACCAAGCACGUACCCUCGAAGGUCUACGCGAAGAACAACGCGUGCACGAUGAGGAAUUGGCGGAUGCGAGGGCGGAACAGGCGAAGGCGAGGUCCAACGCGAUGCGGAAGGAGAGGGCACUGAAGGCCGCUGAGAGGGCUGUUGAAGGGAAGAAACCAGACCUGGUAACUACAGAAGGCCAAAUCGCACAUUCCACCCGUAAAAUCCGCAACGCAGAAACGACUCUCGCACAAAUCGCGAGAGAUAAAGAGGCCAGGGAGCUCGUGGUAAAGAACCAUAAGCGGGAUUUGAAGGACGUGCAGAAGGCUGCGGAUGAGGCGCAGGAGGAACAAAGGAGGCUGUCGAGUGAUAAUAUGUCGCUUAGCCAGGAAUCAUUGGAGGAGUAUCGUAGACUGAAAGCCCAAGCCUCCGUCCUCGCCGUCGAGGAACGUCAGUCCCUCGAGAUCCUCCUAAGAGAUGAGAAGACGGCUGCGAGGACGUUCGCGCAGUUGAACGAUAAACAAGAGGAGCUGGAGAGGAAGAAGGCGAAGCUGCAGGAGGAGCUGGGCGUGCAGGGAGGGAGUAAGGGUGAGCUGGAGGUAAAAGUCGGGUCGUUACAGGGUGAGUUGGAUAAAGUGAAGCAAGAGCUUGAUAACCAACAGGCGGAGAGAACGAGGAUCGCGCGACUCGAAACCGAGAUUAGCGAGAAGCUGCAGGACGUGCAUAACAAGCUUUUGCAAGCGAAUGUGGACCAGCGCGAGUCGGAAAGAGAUGCAAAGAUGAAGGAGACGUUGGCGACGUUGCAGAGGAUCUUCCCUGGUGUGCGGGGCCGACUGGUUGACCUGUGCAAGCCGACGCAGCGGAAAUACGAGACCGCGAUCUCUGUUGUUCUUGGACGGAAUAUUGAUGCCGUUGUCGUGGAUGAGGAGAAGACGGCUAUUGACUGCAUUGAGUACAUGCGUAACCAACGUGCCGGCCAAGCGACCUUCAUCCCCCUCGACACGAUCCAAGUCAAACCCAUCAACGACAAGUACCGCGCCUUCGCGAAAGGUGCACGUCUCGCGGUGGAUGUGAUUCAGUUCGACGCGGCAGUAGAAAGGGCGAUGCAUCAUGCGUGUGGAAACGCGUUGGUUUGCGACACGAUUGAGGUGGCGAAGUAUGUGUGCUGGGAGAGGGGUCAGGAGGUCAAAGCCGUGUCUUUGGAGGGGACGAUCAUUCAUAAGAGCGGUCUUAUCACUGGUGGACGAAGUUCGCAUGACGGGAGCAAGAAGUGGGACGAGAAGGAUUUGCAGGGCCUGCACCGCGUUCGAGACUCGCUCCACAGCCAGCUCAGUGAGCUGCUCAAGUCUAAGCCAAGGAACAAGGCAGACGAGAGUCUACUCUCUGAGAUCACGAGGCUCGAGUCCGAGCUUGUCGUUGCGAGAGAUGAUCUGGCGGCUUGCAAGUUGCGUGUGACUGGUCUGAAAGACGAGUUGAAACACGUCGAUCGCAGUAUCAAACAAAACACGCCUGAGUUGAACAAGGCCCGCAAAGCCCUCGACUCCCUUCGGGGCAAAGUUCAAGAACUCGAAUCAGUGGUCAACGUCGAGGAGGAUGCCAUCUUCGAGGACUUCUGUUCCAGAAUCGGGGUCGCCAAUAUUCGAGAGUAUGAGCAGAGGCAGCUGAGGCUUGCGCAGGAAGAGGGCGAGGCAAGGUUGAGAUAUGAUACGCAGAUCGCGAGGUUGAUGACGCAGUUGAAGUUCGAAGAAGAUCAACUUGCGACCAUCAACAGCCGAAUCGCGAACUACGAAGCCACUGUAACGACCGAGACGGCCAACAUCGAACGGUUGAACGCGCUCAAGGCCCAGGUAGAAGAGGAGAUAGCGACUAUGGAGGAGGAGAUCGAGGGCUUGAAGGAGGAGUUGAAGGAGUUGAAUGCGGAGUUAGAGGAGAAGACGAAGGACAUGGAGAAGGUGAAGAAGACGAGCAUGAAAGCAGGGAAGGCGCUCGAUCAGAUGCUCAAGGAGAUCACAACCAAGAAUGAUGAUAUCGAGAAGUUGGGUCUUGAGCGGUCGGCACUGUAUCGCAAGUGUCGACUGGAUGAGAUUAAGCUGCCUUUGCUCGAAGGUUCACUACGGAAUGUGCCUAUGGAAGAGAAUCUUCGCGAAGAGGUGGCCAUGGAUGUCGAUGAAGAGGAAGGCGCGACCGUGCGACCGAAGCAGAUCAAUAACUAUGGAGUCGAAGUAGACUUCGAAGUGUUGGACGACGAUGACCGUGAAGAUCCUAGCGGCGAUAGUCUGGCUGAUUACGACUCGAGUAUCGCCAAGCUGAAUCAGGACAUCGAGCGCAUGGCACCGAAUCUAAAGGCUAUCGAACGACUUGACGACGUUGAGUCGAAGCUCAAGGACACCGAGCGAGAAGCCGAGAGGGCUCGAAAAGAGUCCAAGGAUGCCAGGGACCAUUUCACCGAUGUCAAGCGUCGACGAACCGAACUCUUCAACAAAGCGUACAACCACAUCUCCGAGCGUAUCGACCAGGUUUACAAGGACCUAACGAAGGGCAAAGCUUCUCCCAUGGGAGGUGUGGCGUACCUCAGUUUGGAAGAUAACGAGGAACCAUAUGCUAGCGGCAUCAAAUACCACGCCAUGCCGCCCAUGAAGCGGUUCCGCGACAUGGAGCAGCUCUCCGGUGGCGAGAAAACCGUCGCCGCGCUCGCUCUUCUCUUCGCCAUCCACAGCUACCAGCCCAGUCCUUUCUUCGUGCUGGAUGAGGUCGAUGCCGCACUUGAUAAUACGAACGUCGCCAAGGUUGCGAGAUAUAUCCGGUCGCAGGCCUCGGACGCGUUCCAGUUCAUUGUGAUCAGUUUGAAGGGCUCGUUGUACGAGCACGGAGACUCGUUGGUGGGGAUAUAUCGUGACCAGGAGGUCAAUUCGUCGAGGACUUUGACGCUUGAUCUCACGCAAUACGAUGGACAAACAUGAUCUGUUCACGCCUGUGGUCUUUGCUUUGCUGUUACAUCUUCAUCCGCACGCAUGUUACGAUGUUAUGUGUCUCACUACCUUUUCUCCUAGUCCCCCUGCUCUCCUGUUGUACUUAUUUGUGUAUCUCUCGCCCUUGCUAUCUAUGCACUGUUUAUGAUUUAGGGGUCACGGC